CUGCUCCGGGAGCGGCUGCCGCCCGGGACGCAGUUUCCAUGGGGACUGAUGAUGGCGCCGCGAGGUGAGAUCCCGGAGGUAAACGGCUGUCCUCCACCCCUCUGGAAAUCCUGUUCUUUUUGAAUGGGUGGUAUUAUGCUACCUAUUUCCUGCUGGAACUCUUCAUAUUUCUGUAUAAAGGUCUCCUGCUACCAUAUCCAACAGCCAAUCUAGUACUCGAUGUGGUGAUGCUCCUCCUUUACCUUGGAAUUGAAGUGAUUCGACUGUUUUUUGGUACAAAGGGAAACCUCUGCCAACGAAAGAUGCCACUAGCUAUUAGUGUGGCCUUGACCUUCCCAUCUGCCAUGAUGGCCUCCUAUUACCUGCUGCUGCAGACCUACGUUCUCCGCCUAGAAGCCAUCAUGAACGGCAUCUUGCUCGUGUUCUAUGGCUCAGAGCUGCUGCUUGAGGUGCUCACCCUGGCCGCUUUCUCCAGUAUGGACAGGAUUUGAAGUACACAAAUUUCAGCCAGCAGCCCUCAGCGGCUGAGACCACUCAUACUUCUGGUACCUUAACCACGUGCGUGAGGAACAAUGGGUUAAGUGGUGCUGGGGAGAGUUGCAGCUUUUCCUCAGCAGAUAUUUGGGCAGCAAACCGAGCAUAAGGCCAGUGGGCACCGUCUUCUAAACAGGACCAUCAGCCUGAGAGACUCUUCUACACUCCAGCAUAGGGAGGGCCACGGCUGUCCUCCUCCUGGCCAUUCUCAGAACCAGUUCCUUGCUGACCUCAACUUCUCCUCUGAUCAUUGUGGCCAGAGCACUUUGUGUGGACCAUGUAAGCUCCUUGGGCUUCCAGCAGGACCUGAGCCACACUCCCUGCACCCUGUACGUGCUGCGCAACACCUGUCACACGAGCACAGAGAGCCUUAGGAUGCUGUCCUCCAAGUGACGCAAAAUCCUCUUACCCUUCAGAGACUGAGCUCCAGGACUUUACUAGCUCAUAGUAUUAUUUUUCUAUUCUCAUCAUGAAACAUUAUUUUAUAAUAAAUACAUAUUUUCUGGUGUG